UAACGCAAAAGUGACCAGCUUCUUCCCCUCUCCAAACAGAAACUGACCCAAAAAAAAAUAGAGAUCUCGAUCUCGAUCAAGAUUUCCAUUACUGCUCACAAUUCUUGGUGAAAGAGACAGAGAUCUGAGGUCAAUCAAUGGCGGCGGAGCUGAAUUCUCUCCUCCAGAUCUGAUCACGAGACGAAUCCCUAAAGAGAUCUCUAUGUCGGGCGCCGUGUCGGCGCUGUUCCUGCUCGACAUCAAGGGGAGGGUUCUCGUGUGGCGAGAUUACCGAGGCGAUGUCUCCGCUGUCCAGGCCGAGAAAUUCUUCACGAAACUCAUCGAAAAGGAAGGUGAUCCAGAGUCCCAUGAUCCAGUAAUACAUAGUGAUGGAGUGAGCUACAUGUUCAUACAACACAACAAUGUUUUCUUGAUGACAGCAUCAAGACGAAACUGCAAUGCUGCCAGUAUUCUUCUUUUUCUGCAUCGUGUUGUUGAUGUUUUCAAGCAUUAUUUUGAAGAACUAGAGGAGGAGUCGCUAAGAGACAAUUUUGUUGUUGUGUAUGAAUUGCUUGAUGAGAUGAUGGACUUUGGUUAUCCCCAGUACACUGAAGCUAAGAUCCUUAGUGAGUUUAUCAAGACAGAUGCAUACAGGAUGGAAGUUAUGCAGAGACCUCCCAUGGCAGUAACAAAUGCAGUGUCAUGGCGUAGCGAAGGGAUACGAUAUAAGAAAAAUGAAGUUUUCUUGGACGUAGUAGAAAGUGUUAAUAUUCUUGUCAACAGCAAUGGUCAAAUUAUCCGUUCAGAUGUUGUGGGAGCAUUAAAAAUGAGAACAUAUUUGAGUGGAAUGCCGGAAUGUAAACUCGGACUGAAUGACAGAGUACUUUUGGAGGCUCAAGGUCGGACCGCAAAGGGGAAAGCCAUAGAUCUUGAUGAUAUCAAAUUCCACCAGUGUGUGCGGCUGGCACGGUUUGAGAAUGACAGGACUAUAUCCUUCAUACCACCCGACGGUUCUUUUGAUCUGAUGACAUAUCGACUUAGUACCCAGGUAAAACCUCUAAUCUGGGUAGAAGUUCAAGUGGAGAAACAUUCGAGAAGCCGUAUAGAGCUCAUGGUAAAGGCAAGGAGCCAAUUUAAGGAAAGAAGCACUGCCACGAGUGUGGAAAUUGAGCUGCCAGUACCUCUGGAUGCUACCAACCCUAAUGUGCGGACUUCUAUGGGUUCAGCUUCAUAUGCACCAGAAAAAGAUGCCUUAGUCUGGAAAAUAAGAUCCUUUCCUGGUGGCAAGGAGUAUGUCUUAAGGGCAGAAUUCACCUUCCCCAGCAUAACUUCUGAAGAAGAUACACCGCAGAAGAAGGCUCCUAUUCGCGUGAAAUUUGAGAUACCUUACUUCACUGUAUCUGGAAUACAGGUUCGUUACCUAAAAAUCAUCGAGAAGAGUGGAUACCAGGCUCUCCCAUGGGUGAGAUAUAUAACAAUGGCGGGCGAGUAUGAACUAAGACUGAUGUAAAAGCAUAAUGUGAAGCCUUGAGAAUUAUUAUUUCCAUCGUUCAACAAAAGUUCUUCAUUCUCUUCAUAACCACCUUAUGAAACGCCAAAGCAAGCAGUGAAGAAGAGCAUACCGGCAUACCUUAUUUGGAGUCUUAAGAUUGCGUGGUGGUUCAAUUAAUGCUCUGUUUUUGGUGGGUGAUGGUUUGUUUGGAUGUGAGUCGUAUUUUUGUAAUUUAUGAGAUUCCUUGAAAUGAGAAUUGGUGUAUUUGUUCAUGGGAGCGCUUUCACAGGAUUAUUGUUAUAUCUCAUGGUAGGCUCAGAAUGUCUUUAAUUUA